CUCCUUUCGCUUCCGCUCUCGCACACGCAUUCGCUGCUCAUUCGCGUCUCGGUCCGCGUGUCAGUAAGUCAGUUCGGAGUGUGUGGUUGCCCCGGGUUUGCUUUAACCUUACAAAUUGUACCUCCCGCAUCCCCCACCCCAUACAAACACACACACACUUUUCGAGAAGGAAAUUUCCAACCCGGGUGUCUUCGCCGCACAACAAAGCCUACACCACCAGCGCGGCCGACCGAAAGAGCUCCGAAAGAGUUGCCCAACGUUACGUCAUUGAGUGAGGUGUUUUUUUUUUGUUCCUGCUGUUUGGAGCGUUUUGGCUUCCCACCGCCUGUGGUCAAUUAUCCCCGCACGGCUGUGUGCGUGUCGCUCUGUGUGAAGAAGAAGAAGAGGAGGAGGGCCAUCAUCCGGCAUCGAACGAACGAUGAACAGCAUCCUCAUUACCGGCUGCAACCGUGGGCUCGGGCUGGGCCUGGUCAAGGCGCUCAUCGGGCUGCCGGCCCCGGCACCGACCCACAUCAUCGCGACGUACCGUGAUCCGGCCAAAUCGCAGGAUCUGCUUGCGCUUGCCAAACAACACGCCAACAUCGUUCCCCUCCAGUUCGAUGUGAAAAAUUUUGACCUCUACGAUCAGUUCGCAAAGGACGUCGAUGCGGUCCUGCAGGGCGCCGGGCUGAACGUCCUGUUCAACAAUGCCGGCAUCUCACCGAAGUCGACCCGGCUGAACUUCACCAAGCAGGACGAUCUGGUGGACACGUUCGUCGUGAACACGGUCGCGCCGAUCAUGAUGACGAAAGCGUUCGUGCCGCUGCUGAAGAAAGCGUCCGACGCGAAUCCGGCGGCACCGGUCGGUCCGCAGCGCGCCUGCAUCGUCAACAUGAGCUCGAUACUCGGCUCGAUCGAGGCGAACCGGGAGGGUGGUCUGUACGGGUACCGUACCUCGAAGUCGGCCCUGAACGCGGCCACCAAAUCGAUGAGCCUGGAUCUGAAGGGCCACAAGAUCAUGGCGGUCGCAAUGCAUCCCGGCUGGGUGCAGACGGACAUGGGCGGCGCCAAGGCACCGCUGACGGUGGAGCAGAGCUGUGCCGCGAUGGUGGGCACGCUGCUCGCCCUGAACGAGUCGAACAACGGCGGUUUCCUGCAGUACGAUGGCAAACCGCUACCAUGGUAGUGUGCCCAACUGCACAGCACUGACAAAACGCAUUUGGAAGGAACAACAUACUCAGGUUAAUGUUAUCGGCAGGGAGAUUUCUGUGUUUUUAUGGGAGCGUGUUAGAGCAACUGGUAUAAAUGUUAGCAAGAAAACGAUUCCGAAAAAUCUGGU